UAUCCUGACGAUAGUUACCCAAGGAGCUUUCAGUUUAAUGGUACAUAAAAAUUAGUUAAGUGACAGAAUGUCGCUGAUGAUAGCAUGAUAUGAAGGAUGACAAUAUUAUAUAAUUAUAGGAGUGGGGAAUGACUAAUUUUCAGGACCAAAAACAAAAGAAUUUAUAGGUUCACCUAUUGGAUAGAUAAGCAAAAAUGCAUUUGAAUUUCAGUUUCAAUGACACUGCAAGUCCAGCACAGAUAUAGUUACUGUUCAAACUUUGUUUGUUGGUUUUCCGAAAAGAAAAAUGGCUGUGCUGAAAUUGUCAUUUCAAACUCAACUGCUGGGCCUUAGUCACAUUAUGCCUGUUUGAGCGUUUAGUCCCCUGGGCUAGAUCUCGAUUGAAAGACCAAUGAACAAUCAUAUCAGAGAAUAUAUGAAACAAAAAUAUAAAGUCAAUAUGCCACCUCAUCAUCAUCUAAACUACCACUCUAGUUUUUUAAGGAUGAACUAGGCUUGGUUCUGUAUUCUAGAUGUCGGGAUGAAUUGAAAUAAACCACACACCUGUACCACUAAUUAGCUUCAAAAGCCACUACUCGAUAAAAGCACUAUCAAGAGACAAAAUAUUAAAUUAGGAGACGGCAAUGAACAGGUGUCGAUAGAAAUCCGUAACCACUUUAUAUCGUUGUGGUAUGAUAAUAUUCCCAACCAAUCAUGGUUGAAAAACCACUUUUGCCGUUCAUAUUAAUUAGUAGAUCAUGGCUGCAAUACCGAUAAAAUAAAAUCGUUUGUAGUAUGUAUGCUCUAACUUGUACUCCCUCCGUCCGAAAAUACUUGUCCGAGGAAUGGAUGUAUCUAGAUGUAUUUUAGUUCUACAUACAUCCAUUUGUAUCCAUUUCUACGACAAGUAUUUCCGGACGGAGGGAGUAUACAGCAGCGAAAUAUAACACGGGGAGGUACUUGGCCUUUUGAUGCUUACGUAUCCCAUUUGCCUAGAACUAUUAUUGAGGAAGAGGGAGGGAAUUUUCUUGUUGAGCCUGAAGAACAGUUGUCAAUCUGAAAGACAAGUCAAAAAGGCAAUCAACUUUUCAUUAGGAACGCAUCAUGUCUAGGGUUCCAGAUAUAGGGAAUAAGAAAGCGUGGCCAUCAGAUUUUAUUCCAUCGAUGUGGAAUUGCAUUGGACACUCCUUCAAUUAGUGUAGGCUUAGAGUGGACAGGCCUAAAUAUUUCCAGUGAUGGCGACCAAUAUCAUACUCUACCUUAAAGUUAGAUUCCAAGGCGUCUGGAGCUCAUAACUCCUGAUAUCAUGAAUGCCUUCAGCACUUUGAUUGUUAGUAUAUAUAGGGCAUGCACCUGCACUCAUCAGUUCACCCAAGUUCACAUCUCAAACUAAGUUAGCUUGUUCAGAGCCCAACCCAUUCUUACUCAACCCCCGAAGAUUGUUAAUCUUCACUAACCAUGUCGAGGGAGGCACUUGCUAUAGGACAUGUUGUUGGGGAUAUUUUGGACCCAUUUGUCAAAGCAGCAUCACUUAAGGUUAUGUACAACGGCAAGGAACUAACCAAUGGUUCUGAGCUCAAGCCGUCACAAGUAGCAACUGAACCAAGGAUUGACAUUGCUGGGCGCGACAUGAGGAACCUUUACACUCUGGUGAUGGUGGAUCCUGACUCGCCAAGUCCAAGCAACCCAACAAAAAGAGAAUAUCUGCAUUGGUUGGUGACAGACAUCCCAGAAUCAACAAAUGCCAGUUAUGGAAAUGAAGUCGUCAGUUAUGAAAGCCCAAAACCAACUGCAGGAAUACAUCGCUUUGCUUUUGUACUCUUCCGCCAAUCCGUCCGGCAAACAAUAUAUGCACCAGGAUGGAGACCAAAUUUCAAUACAAGAGACUUCUCCGCACUUUAUGGUCUUGGACCCCCUGUGGCAGCAGUGUUCUUCAAUUGCCAAAGGGAGAAUGGAUGUGGAGGCAGGCGAUACAUUAGAUAAAUAUGGAAGCAUUAUUACCCAUCCUCUACAAGCAGGAGGUUUAACUAAAGUGUGAGAAGAUAAACAGGGUCCACAUCGCAAAGCAAUAGUAAAUGCUGGACCGUUUCA